UGAAGCGGUUACUGACGUUUCUGUAAUGUGACACUGGACACGCGCUGUGGCGUAGGGGUCUAUGUAUAUAUAAACUGCAAACAGACACGAAGCUUUAAAACACCACCUGUGAGGAAAAAAGUGCGACAAAAAGUAUGAAUCUGGUUCUUAUCCUAACGCUGUGUAUCGCUGGUCCAACCCUGGCCUCAGCUGCUUCGUGUGUAUGUGGUACUGGAUAUGUGAACAUUCGCUCCAGUCCCGGGGUGACCUCAAAAAACAAGAUUGGUCUUCUCACCCCAGACGCCUGUCUUCCUUUUACAGGAAAAACACAGUAUGCUGGUAGCCAUGUUUGGUUCAACGUGGAUUACAAUGGACAAGACGGUUGGAUUGCCAGUAACUGGUUGCGUACAUCUAGCACCGGCUGCUCGGCUGGAAGUUCAGCGGGAAGUUCUUCGGGAAGUUCUUCGGGAAGUUCAGUGGGAUCGGAAUGUCCACGAAUCAUCAGUCGAUCAGAGUGGGGAGCUAAACCCUCAAACAACCCAUUGGUGCCACUUCCAGCCACGCCCAAAUACAUGUUCAUUCACCACACCGCCGGCAGAUUCUGUAGCACGACAGAGGCGUGCAAAGCUGAGAUGAGAUCCAUACAGGAUUUGCACAUGACAGCGCCAAGACAAUGGAGCGACAUUGGUUACAGUUUCUUAGUUGGAGAAGACGGGAACGUGUACGAAGGACGGGGGUGGAAUAAAGUGGGAGCGCACACUUACGGGUACAACAGCGUUGGACUUGCAAUAAGCUUUAUGGGCAACUUUAUGGAUAGACUUCCAAACGACAAAGCCCUGAACGCAGCCAAGCAGUUGAUCAGUUGCAGCGUUGCUAAAGGCGAAUUGGAGAGCAAUUACAUUCUAAAGGGCCACAGAGACAUGAAAGCGACAGCUUGCCCGGGAGAUACGUUGUAUGAGCUCAUCACCAAAUGGCCCCACUACGUGCCUAACUAAAACUUAAGGGUUUUUAUUUGCACCUUUGACAUUUGCUGCAGUGUUUCCAUAGUGGUAAAGAUUUUGCUUCAAUUGAUAUUACUCUGUAGACGUGAGAUGAGGAAAUAAAAUACAAUGUUUUGCGUAGCCCGUUCUGUCUCAACCAACACAAUCUUCUCAAGAAAUGGGUGGAAAUCUCAGCUUUCAAGCUCAACUAACACAUUUGUAAAAUUCCACGCGAUCAGCUGGCACCACACGAUUGAACUUUUCAUACCACUCGACACAAGGGACGAUAAGCUGCUCAAAGACAAAUUUGAAAAAAAAAAAA